UAAAAAUGGCGUCCAAUUUGUUUUCUUGACACCUGUCAAAAAUGACAUUGAACGCUGUGACGUAAACAAACUAGCUUUUUAGGUUAGGUGACGUGUUGUUUUCUGAAGUAGAAGAAAAAACCACUUACCGGCGCCCGAUACCCGAAAAUUUCAAUAAAACUAACAAUGGCAGACACAGGCAAACUAAUCAGGUACUCGUCCCCAGUGAACCCAGCCGUGUUCCCCCAUUUAACGUUAGUACUACUGGGGAUCGGCAUCUUUUUCACCGCCUGGUUCUUCGUUUACGAGGUAACGAGCAACAAACAGACCCGCAGCCUGAAAAAAGAAAUCGCCACCGCCAUGGUAGCUUCAGUCUUCUCUGGAUUCGGCAUUGUGUUUUUACUGCUUACAGUGGGGAUUUAUGUGUAAUAUAUCCAUAAUAAUUUUGUAAGUUAUUAAGACUGUAAGGGUAAUAUAAGUUAAUGUUUCUAGAUUAA